AUGGAAUCUGUUGCAGAGGCUACGGAGUCGGUGAGGAAACCGGUGCUGUCGGAGCGUACAGACUACACGCGCUGGCGAUUGUUGGAUGAGAGAGGCAGACAAACCUGGCAUUACCUUGAAGAUGACGAAGAUGCCAAGGAAUGGCCCCAAUCCACCGCGGACAAAUACUUCCUCGGUCUGCCAACGGAUCUCCCAGAUCUCCCACCGGCCAAAACACCCCUCGAUGCGGUCAAAAACGGUCUUGAUUUUUUUCAGCAACUCCAACUUCCCCCCGGCAACUGGGCCUGUGAAUAUGGUGGGCCCAUGUUCCUGCUCCCAGGGCUGGUCAUCACUUGGACCGUAACCAACACACCCAUCCCAGAUCACGUCGCUACAGAAAUCAAGAACUACCUUUUCGCGCGCGCACAUCCAGAGGAUGGGGGUUGGGGUCUGCACAUUGAGGGAGAAAGCACCGCCUUUGGCACGGCCAUGAAUUACACUGUACUUCGUCUACUUGGGGUGGAUGCAGAGGAGGAGCACAUGGUCAAAGCCAGAGGAACGCUGCACAAGAUGGGUGGUGCUAGGAAUGGUCCACACUGGGCAAAAUUCUGGCUCAGCGUGCUUGGCGUAUGUCAAUGGGACAUUGUCAACCCAGUCCCGCCCGAAUUCUGGCUUCUACCUGACUGGGUCCCAUUUGCACCAUGGCGGUGGUGGAUUCACAUGCGACAAGUGUUUCUGCCCAUGUCAUUCGUCUGGUCAAGACGCUGGACCUACCCGGAAACUCCCUUAGUACGCGAUUUACGUCAAGAACUGUUUGUCGAGCCAUACAUUUCUAUUAAUUGGGGUAAGCAUCGGAACAGCAUUUACGAAAAAGAUAACUACCAUCCAAAAACAUGGCUGCUUAAAACCGGGUUCUGGCUCAUUGCCAAUAUCUAUAUGCCGUACCUCAGACCUUCUGCGCUUGUGAAGAGGGCAGAAGAUUGGGUUUUUAAACUCAUUCAAAUGGAGGACAAGAAUACCGAUUUCUCGAACCUUGGACCUGUCAACGGGCCUAUGAAUUUCCUCGUCUGUUAUAUCAAAGAAGGCCCAAAUGCCUACUCCGUAAGGCGGCACCGGGAAAGGAUGGCUGACUUUAUGUGGGUAAAGAAUGAAGGCAUGCUGAUGAAUGGCACGAAUGGCGUUCAAUGUUGGGAUACGUCUUUUACGAUCCAAGCAGUGAUGGAUGCUGGACUUGCUGAGGAUCCCAAGUACAAGAAAAUGCUGACAAAGGCACUGGAAUUCUUGGACGACCAGCAAAUCCGCGAGAAUGUCGACGAUCAGGCUAUUUGCUAUCGGCAACAGCGAAAGGGAGCUUGGGGAUUCAGUAACAAGGAUCAGGGCUAUGCUGUGAGCGAUUGCAUCUCAGAGGCGCUUAAAGCUGUUCUCAUCCUUCAACGGACUCCAGGGUUCCCCACACUGCUUGAGGAUCAGCGUAUUUACGAUGCCAUUGAUACCCUGUUAACAUACCAAAAUCCUUCUGGAGGCUGCGCAUCGUACGAGCCGACCCGUGGGUCUGAAGCGCUGGAGCUCCUCAACGCGGCAGAAGUUUUCGGGCGAAUCAUGAUCGAAUAUGAUUACCCCGAAUGCACAACGGCUGUGGUGACGGCUCUCUCCUUAUUCUCAAAAUACUACCCCAACUAUCGAUCUGCCGAAAUCAAAGCAUUCAAGGAUCGUGCGAUCGCAUACAUCCGAAGAGCCCAAUUCCCAGAUGGCAGCUGGUAUGGCAGCUGGGGCAUCUGUUUCACGUAUGCCGGAAUGUUCGCUCUGGAAAGUCUAGCUAGUAUCGGCGAGACGUACGAGAACAGUGAGCAUGUUCGAAAAGGAUGCGAUUUCCUAAUCUCCAAGCAGAGAGCUGAUGGCGGCUGGUCGGAAAGCUACAAGGGUUGCGAACAAUCAACAUAUAUUGAGCACCCCAGCGGCUCGCAAGUCGUCAUGACAGCUUGGGCCUGCAUCGGUCUCAUCGAGGCCCAAUACCCACACCGCGAGGCCAUUGAACGCGGCCUGAGACUUAUCAUGAGUCGCCAGCAGAAGAACGGCGAGUGGUUGCAGGAGGCAAUCGAGGGGGUCUUCAACAAGAGCUGCAUGAUCUCCUAUCCAAAUUACAAGUUCAUCUUCCCGAUUAAGGCGUUGGGCAUGUUUGCCAAGAAGUACGGGGAUGUGGCGUUGUUGUGA